GUAGGACGCAUGCAAAGCGGAGACGAGAAAGCAACAAGUUCAGCUGUGAGUUGGCAGUCAUUCGAGAAUUCAAAAAAAAAUGCCGCAAGAACUAUCUGCCAGGCAACGAAGCCUCGUGCAUAACGAGAGCUCUAUCUUCAGUGCCGAUGGUCCGCAUACAGGCUCGAUAUACAAUGCGAACAGGCAACGGGUAAUUUGUAUUUUUUUAGAUUGUCCUCUUAGUAGCACUAGAAGCUCCUUUCUCUCAUCCCCGCGGGACCAACUACCUGUGCCUCAUGGAUUCAAUCAGUUGUUAAACAAUCUCCAUUCUCCUUCAGGAAAUCCUCAGCGCAGUGGACGAGAAGAAAAGGGUGACUCAGACGCACAAGCCGAGUAUCGACGUCCCUACUGCUAGAGAAAUCAAAGUUGCGCAUUCAAGUGGACACAAUCUCGUUUGCGGUGACGGCCUAGAUGAAAGACAUAGCAGAGCCGAACAACUGGACGUACCUCCGCAUGAAAGAUGUGGAAGGGUACCUAAUCACACUAGCUACUAUUUUUACAUGAGUUCUUGUUCGAUCAUGAUUAAGUUAGUAGCGCUUUUAUGAGAUUGUGAAUGAUUUUGAUCUGUUCGCCAUGUUGGAUUCAGUAGAUGAAAUUAAUUUGUCAUCCGUAGAGAAGUGCCCAACGAUCUUAUGUGUCAUGUUCUGUAUGUUGAUUAUCAUCAAGGACUUCUUUGAGAAGAUGAGAACGCAUUUAGUAAUAUCACAGGACAAAAGUGUGACCCUUCCUUUCAAUUCCCCCUCAAAACAGUGGGAAAAUUCCAGUUUUUGGGAAGGGAGUGAAGCUUUUCGCGGCAAAACCAGACUAACCUGGACAGGCAAAGUGGGCCCUCCUAAGUCUGGCCCCGAAAUCAGCGCGGCCGAACGCAAGCAGAGAUCCGGCAACUCUGUCGUUUUCGGAGGGCAAGGACAACAAAUCUUAAGGCUCCUCCUUGCUAUUGUUUAUUGCUAUCCGAUUUAAUCUUGAUGUUGAUGUGGCCUAUUGUUCUGAGUGGGUUGCUCCCCUUUGAAGUCAAGAAGAGGCAGAAGAGGUAAGGAAAGGGAGCCUCCCACUUAACCACGGAUAGUCAAAAACUACGUCUAAAAAUGGCAGGAGGCAGUUCGCCCAGUGGUCAGAGACGAACACCUCACGACGAAGGUCUGCACGCUGCAGAUGCCUACUUCUUGACACAUCAGACGUUAGGACGAUGAAAAUGGCGAUGACAUAGUUGUAGCAGAGAUUUGAAUUUGAUAGAAUACCACGACGAUCAAAGUCAAAAUUCAACAUUCACAAUCGCUAGGCGCAGCACUGUACUACCGCAGUAGAGAAGAACAACUGAAAAAGCUUGAGGUAGUAGUUCUUGUUGUCGUAAACGUAAUCCUCACAUUCUCAAUUUUCGGGUGACAGCACAGUUCGACUCUUUUUCUAAAACCAGUACGAAUCUUGCCCAACGUCUACCUCUAACAAGAAAAGUCUCCCAAGAAGGCAAUGCGGCCAGUGCGAGUGAUCGCUUUCAGAAAGAGUUGCAUCGUGAGCACGAACUCAGGUCGCAGGAUGUCCUACAACAAGCGAAGCGACUCGAGCCCGCGGAGAGCGAGAGGAGAAAAGUGGAGAAGAAUUAUUCGGAUAUAUUUGGUAUAGUUCUUGUCUUGGCUUCAUAUCUUUCUACUCAAUAUAGAGCGAGGCACCUCGCUACAACACACUGACCUAUUCAUUCGUCGGGUGUCUCAUCAUUAGCGAGCGAAGCCAGGGCAGGGGUGACGAAAUGCAUGAACCAACGUCGAAAAUGCAUGAACUGCCGCCGACGUUGCUGGGGUCAAUAAGAAAACACACCAGCCGCGAAUUGCGGAAAGGAGUGAAUUCGUCUCGGGGAGGAGCUUACCACUCUACUUAUCUUGCUACCAUCAUCACCAUCUUGCUAAGUACCUACUAAACCCAAGGACGCAUAUCUUUCAUCAGGUGCCGCUCCUCCUGCUCCUGCGAAAGUCGGUCGAAGGGAAGAAACCACGUUAGGAAUGGGGAGCUGGUUGGACCCGAAGCACGAGCUGGCGUAUAGGAAUGUGGUGUUAAGACGAGUCAACAAGUGAAAUUUGAGCAACUUGAACUUAGAACCCCAACAGACGCUUUAUCUUCAACUUUCGCAUAGUUCGAAUCGUAGAUGCCUGUAACUACGGUUUUUUCGAAAUCAAAAAUUGAAAUUCACCUUCAACUUGCUUCUUCAUCUUCAACCCGUCCCCUUCUUGAUUUCGAAAAACCCUUCUUCUAACCAUAGGACACACAACCGAUGCUGCAAUGAAUAUAUCUGCUCGUGAGCGGAAAAACAGGAAUAUCUUCCAUUCCGAUUCGGCAAUAACCGGUAGCGCGAAAAGCCGUGAGCUUGUAGAACAAAGACGGAGCGAAGGGAACUACACGUCGUACUUACCCCUUGAUGUUCAAUCUUUUUCUUUUUCCUACUUCGAGUUCGAGUACAACAUCAACCAGUAUAUUUUCAACAUACAUGCGCUUUAACAGUGCCAUACACGAGCAUUGUCCUGACGGUGGUAUGAGCCAACAAGCUGUUUUGGCAAGAGAAAAGGCACUGCGAAUCGCAAGGCAGCAGGGCGGAGCAGGUUUGAAGGAACCUUUGACGCAUCACGGUCGGAAUAUCGCGGAGCUUUCAGGGCACGGCUACGCGUCCCAACUCACGGAAAAGGACUAUAUUGGGACGCUUACGGAGAGACACAACAACGUGCAGCAAGACCAAGACCACCCAGGAUGGACAACUCAUGGAGCUCAGAAGGCGUACUAUCCUUAAAACGCCAAACUAGCUCUUCGCAUCUAUUUAGAGCUAGAAGAAAUCCAUCUUGUAGAGCAUCUUUUUGACCGUUUCCCCUUAAAAAGCGGACCGAAGAUGCUGGCUAAGAUGGAUUUCUUCUAGCCCUAAUCUAUACAACUGAUUCGUACUUCUAGCAUGUAUUGUUCUCCUUUAUCUGAAUGGUUCCGGUAUUUGGUAGCCUGAAUUUGAUCACAAGGGUUCUCUUCUUGUUUUCCCUUAUGAUCCAAUUCAGGUUACCAAAUAGCGGAAGCCUACAUCAUCAUCGACUUCAUUAUUCGUAAGUAUUGUUCAACACGGUCCUCUUGCUCUUCUACCCAUCUCAAGAACAUCAGGUAUUUCGGUGCUAAAGGCGAAAUGUAUGUGACUCCCGAUUACGACAGAGAAGUCCACUCCGGUGGUCGAACUAGCAGUCCUGGGAUGGAGGCCCAUGCAAUUCCUGAUGGCAAAAAACACCACGCCACACGAAAAGAAGCGGAGCUGAGGGGAAGCAAUAUUGUGUUGCAAUGAAUAUUAAGGUGGAAGCGUAUACAACAGCGCUAGGCUAGAAGAAGUCCUGUGUGAAACAGCAAGAACGGUGAUUGAAUGCAAAAUCGAUUAUCUUCGCUCACUUGAAUGAAGUUCGAGAAACUACUGCAUGUGCAAGAUGCAGCUGAUGUACAGUACUAUUUCAACGCAGAUUUGAGCAGAAGCAGAACUCUUUUUCCAAUGAUGAAUUCGUAGUCGUGCACCGAGUGAAGAUGCUGGCCUUCGCCUUUCUAGUAAAUUAUCAGAAAGAUCAUACUCAUUCCAAGGAAAAAACAAGGACCAAGGAACUGCUCAAUGAAUGCGAAGGCAAAGACACUUCACCGAAUAUCAUAUCAUAUCGUCUCUUCCUACAACGACCAAAAUCAAUGCUCGGCAAAAGAUCACAGAUCAUGACGUGGAA